AUGGCUGGCCUUUUAAGUGGUUUGGGCGAUACUUUGGGAGGUUUAGGCGAAGGUCUUUUAGGUGGGAAUAAUAACAGCGACAAUGAUCGGGAUUCGCAACUAGCGACAUCAGCGGAGGAUACUGGGAACGCAGACCAGAAAACUACUUCAGAAGCUAGUCCCGGAGAGAUUGCGACUGCGACUGCGACUUCGGACGGCGAGACAACAGCUACACCCGAGCCCGGAAGUUCGAAGGACCAGGACGACGACGACGACGAUGGUGAUGACGAUGGUGAUGACGAUGAUGACGAACAACCACAACGUCAACAACCCACAAGUGCCAGUACUCCAGAAACCUCUACUGCGGGGUUGCCGGACUUACCGGCUCAGACUACGGCAAUUGCACUCAAUCCCGGCGCUGCUGAAAACACAGACAUCUCAACUCCCGAUGCACCGGAGACGACUACUAGUCUCGAGCCGACUACUAGUCCUGAGUCAACUACAACACCGGCUGCCAGCUCACCAACAACACCUUCGUCUUCGCCUUCACCUUCGCCUUCUUCUAAAACAUCAAUCUUGACAACAUCGGCACCACCGCCAACAACCCUCGUAACAUCCACUAAACCAUCGAACUCUAUCGCCGGCCCAUCAAGCCCUACUCUUGAACCAUCUAGCUCUAUCCUCGAUAGUGUAGCUACAAGUCUCAACAUCCCAGAGACACCUAGUAGUACACUGGACGCUCCAACACAACCUUCCUCGACUCUCGCGGCCGGGGUUACGCAGCUUCCCCAGGAAAACGCCGCCGCUACGCAAAGCGCUAUAGCCGACUCUAAUGGUAAUACUAUUACCCAAGCACAGACAGUAGACAAUGGGAAUACUGGAAUGAUUGGCAACCUCCCGGUGGCAGCUGUUGCGGGUAUUGCCGGAGGCGGAGGCGGUCUUGUGCUCAUCAUCAUGAUUAUUUUGAUUCUUCGAUGUGUAUGGCGAAAGAGACGUAACGGCAACGACGAAGCGCUAGCUCGACUGGACUCUAUGUACGAGGCGGGCAAACCAACAACCUCGGAGUCCACCGACAAGCUCGUUCGUUGGAAUAAGGGGUUGUCGGAGUAUCACAAGCCGAGCGACAGCAGCUACAAGGCAUAUAGAAUGUGA